CGCUGGGUCCGCGAGGCGCCGCUCUCUCAAUGGGGUGGGGACUUGGCCGAGGGACCUGCUUCGGGGCCUCUUCGUUAGCCGCGCUGGCCUGGUCUCCCCGCUGAGGGCUGGCUUAGCUCUCAGUCCGGCACCAUGGGGAAGCGGGACAAUAGAGUGGCCUAUAUGAACCCAAUAGCAAUGGCCAGAUCAAGGGGUCCAAUCCAGUCUUCAGGUCCAACGAUCCAAGAUUAUUUGAAUCGACCAAGGCCUACCUGGGAAGAACUGAAAGAACAACUAGAAAAGAAAAAGAAAGGCUCCAAGGCAUUGGCUGAAUUUGAAGAAAAAAUGAAUGAGAACUGGAAGAAAGAACUAGAAAAACACAGGGAGAAAUUGUUAAGUGGAAGUGAGAGCUCAUCCAAAAAAAGACAGAGAAAGAAAAAAGAAAAGAAGAAAUCUGGUAGGUAUUCAUCUUCUUCUUCAUCAAGCUCUGAUUCUUCCAGCAGUUCUUCAGAUUCUGAAGAUGAGGAUAAGAGACAAGGAAAAAGGAAAAAGAAAAAGAAGAGUCGUUCACAUAAAUCUUCUGAAAGUUCCAUGUCAGAAACUGAAUCAGACAAUAAGGAUAGUUUAAAAAAGAAAAAGAAGUCAAAAGAUGCAACUGAGAAAGAAAAGGACAUUAAAGGGCUCAGCAAAAAGAGAAAGAUGUAUCCAGAAGAUAAACCAUUAUCAUCUGAGUCAGAGUCAGAAUCAGAGUAUACUGAGGAGGUACGAGCAAAAAAGAAGAAAAGCAGUGAAGAACGAGAAAAAACAACAGAAAAAACAAAAAAGAAAAAGAAGCAUAAGAAACACAGUAAGAAGAAGAAAAAGAAGGCUGCUAGUUCAAGUCCUGACUCACCAUAACAUUAAGAAGAAGCAGGAUUCACUUAUAAAGAAAGUGCAAUGUCUAAGGAAAUUUCAACUGUGAAAAUUAUGACAUAUUUACUAAAAUGCAUGAAUUAUCUUGUUUUUAAAUUAUUCCUGGACUGUCAGUAGCCACUCAGAUGCCACUGUGUGAAGGGCCAUAACUGUUGCCUGCUGCUUGAACAUCUGUUUUUUUCCCUCUUCCAGUAACUCUGGGAGGUAAUACACUGCAGUCAUACUAGUGGUUUAAGGUAUUUGGGAAUAAAGUUAAUACUUUGACUAGAAGUAUCUAAUGAUAAAUCAACAAAAACUGAAUCUGUUACACAUCAUUAAGAUGUAAUCAGAGAUGACCAGAUGACUCUAGUUAACCUUUUUUGAAGUAGGGAUUACGUUGAUAUUUCAAAAUCCUUACUCUUGUAGAUAAGUGUAUUUUAAAUUUUUCCCCUUUUUAUUUACCUGGGGAAGGAGCUUUUAGGGGUGGGGGGUGGUUUGCUAUCACUUUAGCUAGCAGAAUAGCGUGCCUUUAUCCUCACACAUCUUAUUUUUGUGGACACAGUAGCCAUGCUUCAUGGGGAGGUCAGAGCCAGGUAUGGCAGUCUUGCCCUUUACUGAGCUUAGUCACAUCCUUGGACUCUGUCCCAUGCUACUUUGAGUGAACCAGAGAAAUAGCCUUUUGCAGCAUGAGAAUGCCCCAAAAGCUCUGGGAUUUACCUCCACUUCGAUAAUACUGAAUGGUUUUUAGCAUUAGAAUGUGUUAUAACAUUUGAACUAAUUUUGACUACACUUUGGCUUUGAAAAGGAAUCAUUUCAGAUAGACACUGGUACUUUUUGAACUUGAUAGCUAAAGAUUCUAAAAUGCAUGUUUUAUACUGUUAAGUUUUAACCAGUCAGGAAAAUUUUAUGUAACCAGUGAUAGUUCUUUUAUUUUUUGUAUGAAUUUUGUUUAGGCUGUAAUGUUUAGCUUUUUAUUAACUUCUUAUUCUUGCUAUCUUAAAUUCCUUACUGUGUUUAACAGCAUACUUGCCAAGCUAUUUAGCAUGUAAAAAGCAGGUUUUUGAUUUUUUUUUUUUUUAACAGCUUCAUAUUGAAGCUGAGACUUACCAUAAAUAAGUUGAGUGGCAGGCUUGGUAUGCUGUGUCUUGUUACAUAAAACUAUUGCCAGAAUCUUAGUAAAUAUAACGUUUUAAAAGUUUGUCUUUGUAUAUUCACAACAGAUUAUGACAAGUUAAAUUUAAGUGAGAAUUACAUUAUUGCUUUUCCUGUGUCACAUUUUACUAAGAUUUUGUGCCUCAUAUCUCCUGCUGAACUGUUUACUAGUAAUGUUAAAGAGAAUUGAAAAUCCUUUUCACUUUACAUUUUUAUAUAAUCAGGUAACAUGAAAUAUAAUUUGAUGUACAAUUUUGCCUGUUACAGAGGGUGUGCUAAUUAUAGUGGCAUAUGCACAAAACAUUUUGGCAUGACAAGAAGCUGAAUAAAUAGCUAUUUUACUUAAAAA